GGACUGGGAAGUGAAAGAGGAGGGUGUCGAGUCUUUCAGGAACUGAGGAAACAGUGCUAUUUAACAAAUUAACAACGUGUAGCUCCGUCGUCGAUUUUUUUUUAGCCUCUUCACCGUCGGAAUAACGUUAACGCUACUUUUCUGCGCUUCUUUCGGCUCUCAGCGGUUCUUUCUCUGGAUUAUUUCUCUCGUCUGGAGGAAGGCUGGGAGGUUUUCGGGGAAGUCUGGAAGUGUUGAACCCGGUUUGAAGGGCUGUGGCCAUGGCCGGGGGUUGUGGUGGUGGUGGGGUUUCUCCGUUGGGGCCCGCACCGCCAAUGUGGUAUCACCGGGACCUGAGUCGAGCGGCGGCCGAGGAGCUGCUGGCUCGGGCCGGGAGAGACGGCAGCUUCCUGGUGCGGGACAGCGAGAGUGUCAACGGGGCUUACGCUUUGUGUGUACUGUUUCAGAAGCAUGUCCACACAUACAGAAUCCUCCCAGAUGAGGAAGGAUUUCUGGCUGUACAGACAUCUCAGGGCGUACAGCCCAAGCGGUUUAAGACGUUACCAGAGUUGGUGUCGUUGUACCUGCAGCCCAGCCAGGGUCUGGUCACCACGCUGCUUUACCCUGUGGACAGAGAGGAAACAGCUGUCAGCGACGACAGGGACUAUUCAGAUGGGGAGGAUGAGAAGCCGCCUCUCCCCCCUCGCUCUGCCUCUACCUCCACUCCCCCUGGACCAGACACACCCACAGACAGUGCUCCAGCGGCUAAUGGCCUGAGCACCAUCUCCCACGAGUACCUGAAGGGCAGCUACGCUCUGGACCUGGAGGCAGUCAAACAGGGAGCCUGCGCCCUGCCACACCUCAACAAAACACUAGUGGCCUCCUGCAAGCGCCUUAAUGGGGAGGUGGAUAAGGUUCUGUCUGGUCUGGAGAUCCUCUCUAAAGUCUUUGAUCAGCAGAGUGCUUUCAUGGUCUCCAAGAUGAUCCAACAGUCGGUGAAUCAGGGUGGAGACCAGGAGUUGGAGAACCUCGUGACCAAGCUGGCGAUUCUCAAAGACCUGCUGUCCUCGAUAGAGAAGAAGGCUCUGAAAGCAUUGCAGGACAUGAGUUUGCCCUCUCCAUGCUCCCUUCCUCCUCUCUCCAUGCGUCACAGUAAAGCCAUCCCUGUACAGGCCUUUGAGGUGAAGCUGGAUGUUUACCUGGCAGAGCUGACAAAGAUAGGAAAGAGUCAGAAGUAUACUCUGUCCGUGGACGUGGAGGGAGGACGACUGGUGGUAAUGAAGAAGGUGAAGGACAGCCAGGAGGACUGGACUACCUUCACACAUGACAAAAUCCGUCAGCUGAUCAAGUCUCAGCGGGUGCAGAAUAAACUGGGCAUUGUUUUUGAGAAGGAGAAGGACAAGAGCCAGAGGAAAGACUUCAUCUUUGCUAGUGCCAAGAAGCGUGAGGCAUUUUGCCAGCUGCUGCAGCUGAUGAAGAACAAACAUUCCAACCAAGACGAGCCAGACAUGAUUUCCAUCUUUAUAGGCACCUGGAAUAUGGGCUCAGUGCCUGCCCCAAAAUCUCAGGCCUCUUGGGUAUUGUGUCGGGGCCUCGGGAAAACCCUAGACGAGAUGACGGUCACCAUCCCUCACGACCUUUAUGUGUUUGGAAGCCAAGAAAACUCUGUGUGUGAUCGGGAGUGGGUGGAGUCACUACGUGCGUUGUUGAAAGAACAGACCGAACUGGAUUACAAACUGAUCGCAGUGCAAACUCUGUGGAACAUAAAAAUCGCUGUGUUGGUGAAACCUGAACACGAGAACCGGAUCAGCCACGUGGGAAUGUCCAGUGUGAAGACGGGCAUCGCCAACACACUUGGCAACAAAGGAGCUGUGGGUUUGUCCUUUAUGUUCAACGGGACAUCUUUCGGCUUUGUCAACUGUCACUUGACAUCAGGGAAUGAGAAAAUUGCCAGGAGGAACCAGAACUACCUAGAUAUUCUCCGUCUGUUGUCACUAGGAGACAAACAGCUGAGCUCCUUUGACAUCUCCCUGCGCUUCACACACCUGUUCUGGCUGGGAGACCUCAACUACCGGCUGGAUAUGGACAUACAGGAGAUUUUAAACUACAUUAACAGGAAGGAGUUUGAUCCGCUGCUGAAGGUGGACCAGCUCAACCUGGAGAGGGAGAAGAACAAAGUCUUUUUACGCUUUGCGGAGGAAGAGAUCUCAUUCCCACCCACCUACCGUUAUGAACGAGGCUCACGGGACACGUAUGUGUGGCAGAAGCAGAAGGCCACAGGGAUGAGGACUAAUGUUCCUUCCUGGUGUGACAGGAUCCUGUGGAAGUCAUACCCAGAAACACACAUUGUCUGCAACUCCUAUGGCUGUACAGAUGAUAUUGUGACCAGUGAUCAUUCCCCUGUGUUUGCUACCUUCGAAGUGGGGGUGACCUCCCAGUUUGUCUCCAAGAAAGGUCUGCCAAAGUCUUCAGAGCAAGCCUACAUUGAGUUCGAGAGCAUCGAGGCCAUCGUGAAGACGGCGAGCAGAACCAAGUUCUUCAUUGAAUUCUACUCCACGUGUCUGGAAGAAUUUAAGAAGAGUUAUGAAAACGACAGUCAGAGCAGUGACAACGUCAACUUCCUGCGUGUCGGCUGGUCCAACAAGCAGCUAACAACGCUCAAACCUCUUCUCUCAGAGAUCGAGUACCUGCAGGACCAACAUCUGCUGCUGACUGUAAAAUCACUAGAUGGAUACGAGUCCUACGGAGAGUGUGUGUUGGCUCUGAAGUCCAUGAUUGGCAGCACCGCACAGCAGUUCCAUACCUACCUGUCCCACCGCGGCGAGGAAACAGGAAAUAUCAGGGGGUCCAUGAGGGUCAGAGUGCCCUCUGAAAGGAUGGGAACCAGGGAGAGACUUUACGAGUGGAUCAGCGUGGACAAGGAUGAGACGGGUGGACCUAAAGGGAAAUCCACUUUGGUAUCCAGAGUGGGGCAUGAAUAUGUCAAGCCGUCUGUGGUUCGUAAACAGCUUGGAGAGCUGGGAAAAGUCAGUGAGGAGGGAGAAAGGAGCAGCAAGGAGGAAACUGCUGCAAGGUCUAAACCAGAUGCACCAGACGGAGAUCCAUCCGUCUGCAAAAACAGCUACAAUAAUCCCGCCUACUACAUCCUGGAGGGUGUUCCCAAUCAGUCUGCAGCUGCUCUGUCGCCUGAGCUUCUUCCUUCUCCUACCUCUGCAAACCCCCAGGUGGCUAAUAAAGCCCCUCCUCCCUCAGCUGGAGCUCGAACCAAACCUCCCUUUGUGGCCUCAGGUCCCUCUCACCCACGCAGACCCAUCACGGGGCACCCGGUCCGUGCUAUCAGCGAGGAGGGCUCUUCAGAAGACGAUGGAGGCACCUGUGUAGCAGGAGCGCAGGGAGGUGGUGUCGGGACAACCGUUGGAAGCACGCUGAAUCGACCCCCUCCUGACUUCCCCCCACCUCCUCUCCCUAAGGGGGCACUGGAGAUGGUUGUAGAGGCACCCUUCCCCAAAUCUCGCCCUCUUUACCCUGACCUAACCGAGGUCAGGAUCCCAGCAGCAAGUCCUGCUGCCCCGCUCGCCCUCGGAGAGGGUUUUAGACGAGGAGGCGGAGGGGGAGGAGGAGGAGGAGGAGGAGGAGGAGCAGGGGCGUUGGACGACCAGUCGUGUUCUGUUCUACAGAUGGCAAAGACACUGAGUGAGAGUGAGUUUCCUGGGCAGCCUCCACGCGCUCCGUCUGCACCGCCUCUUAGAGGGCAGCCGAUGGGUUUAGGUCUGGACGCCUGCCGCACCUUCCCACCCAGAAAUGCCAUCACAGAAAGUAUCGCAGAGGACAUGCCUGAGGAGGCACUGUGGGGCAGCAGUAGCUCAUCUUUGUCUGUCGGGGAAUCCUCAGUGGGGGAGUGGCUGCAGAGACUGGGACUGGAGCGAUAUGAGCAGGGUCUUCUACACAACGGCUGGGACGACCUGGAGUUCCUCAGUGACAUCACCGAGGAGGACCUGGAGGAAGCGGGAGUGCUGGACCCUGCCCACAAGCGAAUCCUGCUAGAGAGCCUCAGGCAGCAGCAGCAGCAACAACAGAAAUUAACUGUUUAAAACUGGUCCACGACUGGUGCAAGCUGGCCUGGUAGCACACCGGGUCCUGAGAGUCCAAAAUCUCAGCUGAACUGUACUGAACAGAACUGAGCUGGAACGUGCCAAUUGAUGCCAGACUGUGCCUUCUGAAAGAAAUUGCACUCCAUUUGUACUUUAACAAAAAACACUUGUAGAACCACCAUCUUUUUUCACAUGUACUGUAUGUGUGUUGUCGUUGUCAUAGAGGUGGCCUUAUUUAAUGAGAAUUAUUUCACUACAUAACCCUCUUCUUAAGACCUAGUGAGAAGAUGCAAGAUGAAAUAUUUUUCUGGACAGACAGAACUGGAGAUAUGAAUCACGUGUAGAGCAGCAGCAGCUGAUGCCUUGAUGCCAAACCAUCAUUUCUGACCUGCAGCUUCAAGCUAACGUUAAAUCUUGAAUUUCUUUCUUUGUCCUGAGAAACAGGAGUGAGUCUAAGACUUUUCAGAUAUGGGCAAUGCAGACUUUCAAGUUUGUAGCAAAUGAAAAGAGGGUUGUUUGUGGGAAACCAGUGGCCUAAAAACACUGCCUGUGUUUUGCAGUUCAGACACUUUUAACAACAUCAUUCUUCUGUGAGUCUCCCUUUUCUUCUUGGGAAUUGUUAGAGAGCACUCAAGGGUAAUGUCAGCCCACAGACUCGCUUCUGUGAUGGAGGUGGACAGGAAGUGGUGACAGGAAAGGAGCUAGCCCUGAUUCACGUCAAGCUAAUUUCUCAAAUUUUGUACUUUUGUGUUGAUAUUUGGGCCACUGUUAUUUAAAUGGUGGUAUUUAUUGUCUCAGUGUCUCUGCAUGUAUUUAUGGUUUUAUGUUGUUUUUUUUAAUGAUAAAGGGAAUAUGGCGCAAACCAACAAAACCAGUCCCGGUGGAGCUAAAAGUGCAUAUUUCACCGUGGUACAACAUUUAAGUGAAUGAUUGUGAUCCGAUCACACUCAACACUGACAUUUCAGCUUUUUCCUUGCAGAUUGUGAGUUGAUUACAUUAUCAGAGGUCGGUCUGUACGUAUCUUUAAACAUUGACACCUGACACAUCCAUUAACAAUGCACAAUGCUGUACCAAAGUGAAAUAUCGCUCUGAAGGUUUUACCCAGCACAUCUCUCAUGCUGACACUUUAAUUGUCUUUGAGUACAUUAAAUUUCACUUUACAGAAGACGGCAAAUUUUAUUUUAGCAUCAUGUGACCCAGGUUUGAUGGACUUUGUCACAUUUUCCCUCAUUUCAUGUUGCGUUGUAUAAAUGGAGCAGUAUUCAGGGAAUUGCUUAACAUAGCCAAAUAGAUUAACUAAUGAUUAUUGUUCUGAAGAUUUACUAAGCCAUCACAUUGUCAUCUGUAAAUUUGAAACCAUGUCACCAAAACUUUUUCUUUAUAGACAUAUUUUGUUCUUGUGGGAGAAGAAGUCACCUCUCAUGAUACAUUAAAAACAGAAAAGUCAGAUUUCUGCAGCACACACAUGGUUUGAGGGCUGUUGUUGUUCCCUGAUUUAACCAGCAGGUGGUGCUGCUACUUCAUAUAAACCUCAUCAGUAGGUUUGAUGCUGGCUGUGCAAACUUUGGGAAAAUAUGACACAACCAAGUCACGUUGAGUCAAAGGAAUUGGUUUGUUUGUUUGUUGAGUUUGAGCAGUUAAAAAUCAGAGAGUUAACAUACCUGUUAGCGUUCAGAAUGCCUUUAUUUGUCCUUAAUUUAAAUCCUGCCUCCUCUUCUGCCUGUGAGACUAAAAGACAAACAGUUUAUAGUUGUUUUAAGAGAUGUUGCUGAUGUGGCCUCAAAAGUAGAACUCUAAACUCUCAGUGAAUGUGUUUUCUGUUAAUUGGGACUAAAUAUGUGCUUGUAGCAGUUUAAUUUACACCUGUUCUCCUAAUUUUCCCUACCUAAAAUCAUCCCCACAUACAACCGUAGCCUGUGUUAUAUUGUACAAUUUGUCUAAUGUUCUAACAGCCAAACAACUAUAAUGCAGAGAAUGUGGAUCUGCCGUUCAGAUGUGGUAUAUCUGAUGUCUUUUUCUGCAUUUUUGGCCUCUCGUUCUCAGUUAUAUGUGUGUGUGUGUGUGUGUGUGUGUGUGCGUGUGUGUGAGUGUGUGUUUGUAUUUGUGUGCGUGAGUGAAAAAAAGAUGUUGUUUUCUCAGACACACUCCAUUUUACUUUCAUGUAGUCGCCUCUUUUCGUUAUGUUAAGUUAAUGUAAGUUGUUCGCCCUUGUAAUUUUUUUUUCAAUUAAAAUCUAAUAUCUUUA